GCGCCCUUGAGUGGGUCACAAGGCGGAGCUCCCAGGCUCGGUGGGCGAGCGAUUCGAAGGAAAGUCAGCACGCCGUCCGUGAGAGGUCGCAGGGGAAGAAGAAAAAAAAAAAAGAAGACGACGACGGACGUCUCUUUCCUCCAAUCGGAGGGCGGGGAUGGCUAAGCGCUGGCCAAUAGGCACCGAGCUCGGGGCGCGGGGCGCGGCCUAGCCAGCGCAGCCCCGCUUUCUGAGGGCUUCUUUCUCCUCAAGCGAGGAGGGGAAAGCCAGGAGGAGGAGAAGCCGCCGCCCCGCCCCGUCUUCACCCCCCCUUCUCGGGCCGCGCCACCGGCUGGAGGGUUCGCGGGGAGAGGCUUCGUCAGGGCAUUGACUGGUCCGUGAGGCGUGGCAGGAAUGUUCCACCCACUUCAGUGGAGGCCGCCCUCCAGCCUUUAUUCCCUUUACGCAAACUCAUCCCGCUUCAUCAGCUACGAAGGGAAGCCACGGAACGCGUGGUGGAGUGAGGACUUCCUGAGGAGCAAGUACCAGUGGCUGCUUACGUGGCUUCGGAAAGGCUCCGAGCAAGACCCGGGGCAGAAGAGCCUCCUCUCCCUGCUGGCCAAUCAGUGCAGCUACGUGACCAGCCAGAGAAUCAGGCGCGCUCAGCAAAUCACUCAGCUGUACAGUAACAUUUACUCGGAGAGGGCGCGUAGGAGUCUCUUCUCUUCCUUGUGGCGCCGGUUCCGGGGUCAUCAUGCCAACGCCUGCAAGCUGAUGGCAGCCCUCACUGGAGUGUUCCUGUGGGAAGAGGAGAGGAUCAAAGAAGAAGAGCUGAAGAGGUCGGUGCAAGAAAUGAAACACAUGCAAGAAAUAUCGAAGUUCUUCCCAAGCAACAUGGAAGACGACCAGAUGCAGGAGUUGGAGGAAAGCACCUUUCAAGGCGUCUCGUCUGAUCCCGAAGAGCAGAGUUGGGAAAUGGUGGUCAACAAGAAGCACUUCAAACUAUGGAGGCGUCCGGUUGGCGGGGGUCAUAUGUACCAGUAUCGAGUCUUUGGAACAUACACAGAUGUGACACCAAGACAGUUUUUCAAUGUGCAGCUGGAUACGGAAUAUCGGAAGAAAUGGGACUCCCUCGUGAUCAAACUGGAAGUGAUUGAGAGAGACCGGGAUACGGGCUCGGAGGUAGUGCACUGGGUAACUCACUUUCCGUAUCCAAUGUAUUCGCGGGAUUACGUUUAUGUUCGGCGGUAUGAUGUGGACCAAGAGAACAACCUGAUGGUGCUGGUAUCACGAGCGGUAGAACAUCCAGGCGUCCCCGAAGAUCCUGAAUUUGUCCGUGUCCGAACCUACGAGUCACAAAUGGUUAUCCAUCCUCACAAAUCAUUUGAUGAGAAUGGCUUCGACUACCUGCUCACGUACAGUGACAACCCACAAACCGUGUUUCCUCGAUACUGUGUCAGCUGGAUGGUUUCCAGUGGCAUGCCGGACUUCUUGGAGAAACUGCACUCGGCAGCGCUGAAGGCCAGGAACAUGGAAAUCGUUUUGAAAGACUAUAUCGCCGCUUCCAAGCCCUGGGAGAGCGGGGGCGAGAACAGCAGCGGGGAAGGGAAGGCCGGCACGCCCAGCCAGGAGCACAAGAACGAAGGAGCCCGCAGCCCUAUUCAGAUAGACUAUGCUUAAAAGGAAGCGAGGGCUUGGCUUGCAACGUCGCCAGCCCCACGCCUCUUGCUCCAGGCUGUGAAGAAAAGGGCCCAAGCCACGGAGAAAGAUUGUCUUUGGGAGCUCGAUCACCUGCGUCUGUCCUCCUCCUCCUCCUCCUCCUCCUCCUCCUCUUCCUCCCCCUUCUCGGCCACGUCUCCUCCUCGAACGAAAGCAACACCGUCAGCCCUGGGGAACUCAGGCUCGGCCAUCUUGAAAAACAGUUUUGUGCGGCC